CGUUCUGUUCUGACUGACUGACAGCCAGCCUGCUUUCCGUCAGCGUAUUUAUUGUUGCAAAUAAUCCGUGGCUCUUGAAAAUAUCUUUAUUUUGAUUCAUAAUUACAUUCAAAAUAACAUUUGGUUACUAAAAUGUUUAAUAAAUUCCUUGUGUCAUAGUGGUGACUUGUGAAAGAAAUGGUCGGACUCCAUUGCUGUGCGGACAAUGUCGAUUUAUGGAUCUGUAUACAACAGGACAAAACGAAAGUGAAUAAAUAGUGUAGCGUGCGGAUUUCGGUGUUAAUUGUUCCUAGUUACCAAGAUUUUUGUAGUUAAAAUGGCACAAACUGUGCGUCGGGCGAUUGAAGGGAGAUAUCCUUCCUGCUAUAUUCCUAAAAGAUUAAAAGAACGCAAAGCAAAAGCUGGAAUGUUGAGGGUAAGCCGCCCUGACAAACCAGAAGACUUUGUGUGCUACUCGGACAGCGACAGUGAGGAGGAGACUCCGUUCCAACAGCACCGCAUACUCACUACCUCAUACAACUUUGUGGACUAUGUCCGCUCUAGAGAAAUACAAGCCCCGGAGCCUAGAUCCGUGGAUCCCCUCUACGCCACCCGCCACAUGCUCACUCGGGAUCUGUUCCGAGAGACCCCUCUCAACCUGGGCAAUAUGAACAAGGUGUUUUGUUCACAAUGGCUCUCAGACCGACAGGUUGUCUUCGGGACCAAAUGCAACAAGUUGAAAGUAUACGACGUCCGCACACGGUCUUUAGAUGACAUACCCACAUUACGGCCGCGAGCGCCCUGGGCCGGGGCCGAGCAUCAAACCGGCAUACACGCGCUACAGAUCAACCCCUCCAGAACACUGCUGGCGACGGGAGCGCAGAAUUCCUGUGAACUCGCCAUCUACAGCUUGCCUACGUUAGACCCCGUUUGCGUCGGAGAAGCGCACAAAGAUUGGAUCCUGGACAUGUGCUGGCUGGACGACGAGUUCCUGGUGACGGGGUCGCGCGACUCCAAGCUGGCGCUGUGGCGCGCGCCGCCCGCGCCGGCGGAGGGCGAGGCGGCGCCCAGCCACGCCUACAUCCAGCCCGUCGUCGCCAGGGAGUGCCGCUCCGGUCAAAAAGUCCGCGCGCUAACCUUUAACCCCCGUUGGCGCGAAAUCGCCGCUUUGACUCUCAACGGCUACAUCCACGUGUUCAACGCAGAGACCUUCAAGCAGACCUUAUCCAGGAAACUGCCUUCGUGCCAGGACCUUGUAUGCCUUGCCACACAGGAAAGCGGCAUCUACGCGAUAGGCUGCAAAUCCUACACGUUACUGUUGGACUGCCGCACUCUGCAGUCCGUCCGGAAGAUAACUUCGCGGUACAACGGCUGCGGGAUCAGGUCUGCCAGCUUUAGAGGCAACAUGCUCACCAUUGGGACUGGUCUAGGUUUGCUAAUGUUCUACGACAUGCGAGCGGCGAAAUAUUUAGAGAGCCACAUACACUCGUCCAAAACUGUCACGCUCAGGGCUUCCAGGGGAUAUGUGUUCCCAGAUGAAGAAGCGGACGGCUUCAACCAAGUGAAAUACGUCCCCGCCAUCUACACGCACUGCUACGACUCCUCCGGAACUCGUAUAUUCACUGCCGGCGGCCCACUACCGGCUCCCCUUAUAGGCAACUACGCCGGCAUCUGGCAGUGAUACUUACUCUAAUAAAAUUAUGAUGGAAAUGGGCAUUGGCAUGUUUUAGGUGAAUAAUUGUAUUAAACUGCGUUGGCGCCUGACAGUGAUAGUUACACACCAAGUUCAAUAAGUUCCCGCCAUCUACACGCACUGCUACGACUCCGGAAUACGUAUAUUCACUGCCGGAGGCUCGGAGGAUAGUAGUCUCGUGAUACUCUCAAAUUAUAAUAACGUGAUGGAAACUGGACAUUGCCAUAUUCUUUUGAUAAAAUAAUUUCACUAUAUUACACUUACCGCAUCACCAAAAAGCAAUAAAAGUACCUACCGUAUUUUAUAU